AUGUCUGUUGUUGAGCUUGUAGAAGUAAAUUAUAAAACUUGUAAAGUAGAAAAGACUAUUGAACCAUUAUGUGAUCCAGGUAAUCUAUUACUUAUUGAUAAAGAUUCAAUAUUUGAAGAUGAAAAUAAAAAAGUAAUUCCUAGUAAUGAAGCUUUAUUGAAUAUGGCUAGAGAUAAUACUCAAUAUCUUUUUAAUAAAAUUUGGGAUUUGGAAAAAGUUACUGUAGACGAAGCAAUAUGUGUAAAAUUACCUUCUAAAAUUUAUAAAUUACCAAGAGAAAAACCUUUACCAAAAGAAAAAGAACCAACAAAAUGGGAAAAAUAUGCUAAAGAAAAAGGUAUUGUUAAGAAGAAAAAGGAUAAAAAAAUUUGGGAUAGUGAUUCAAAGACUUGGAAACCAACCUUUGGUUAUAAUCGUGGUAAUGAUGAUACAAAAGAUUGGUUAAUUGAAAUACCUCAAAAUGCCGAUCCAAUGAAGGACUAUUUCAAGGAACGUGAAAAUGCCAAGAAGGAACGGACAGCUAAAAAUGAAUUUCAGAGGCUCAAAAAUAUUUCUAAAAAUAACAAAAAAAAUUAA